CCGAAGUCAAUCUAAUCCGGAAAUUAUCGAACCUGGAGAUUCUGGUCCCUCUUGGCUUUCCGUUCUCCCUGCCCGGCUGACAGAUUUACCCGGGGCCGCCAUAUUGAGUAAAGCGACCGGGUCUCUGAGGGAUCCGUGGGAUCUGGACACGCCAACCGAGCAUCCUCGGCUGCUCCGGGGCAAAGCAGCAUGUUGAGGAUACCUCUUAGAAGGGCCUUGGCAGGCCUGUCGAAGUCUUCUAGAGCGGAACAUGUUCGAACAACCGCCACCGCAGCCAGCAACCUGAUCGAAGUCUUCGUCGAUGGCCAGUCUGUCAUGGUGGAACCUGGAACCACUGUCCUCCAGGCUUGUGAAAAGGUUGGCAUGCAGAUCCCGCGCUUCUGCUACCAUGAAAGGCUGUCCGUUGCUGGUAACUGCAGGAUGUGCCUCGUUGAAAUUGAGAAGGCCCCUAAGGUCGUGGCUGCUUGUGCUAUGCCUGUAAUGAAAGGUUGGAAUAUCCUGACAAACUCGGAAAAAACUAAGAAAGCCAGAGAAGGUGUGAUGGAGUUUUUAUUAGCAAAUCACCCAUUGGACUGUCCUAUUUGUGACCAGGGAGGUGAAUGUGAUCUGCAGGACCAGUCCAUGAUGUUCGGAAGUGAUAGAAGCCGAUUUUUAGAGGGGAAGCGUGCUGUGGAGGACAAGAACAUCGGCCCCUUAGUGAAGACCAUCAUGACCAGAUGCAUUCAGUGUACGCGGUGCAUCAGUAUUUGUUGGUUCCAGUCGUCCAACCUUGCACAGAGCCAGAAGUCACAGAGCCAGAAGUCACAGUGCCAGAUCUGGCGAGUCAGGUUUGCAAGUGAGAUUGCGGGAGUGGAUGAUUUGGGAACAACAGGCCGAGGAAAUGAUAUGCAAGUUGGCACAUACAUUGAAAAAAUGUUCAUGUCUGAAUUAUCUGGGAACAUCAUUGACAUCUGUCCUGUGGGUGCCCUAACCUCGAAGCCCUAUGCCUUCACCGCCCGCCCGUGGGAGACAAGAAAGACAGAGUCUAUUGAUGUCAUGGAUGCAAUUGGGAGUAACAUCGUGGUCAGCACCAGAACGGGGGAGGUGAUGCGGAUCCUGCCACGCAUGCACGAGGACAUCAAUGAGGAGUGGAUCUCUGAUAAGACCAGAUUUGCCUAUGACGGGCUGAAGCGUCAGAGACUCACUGAGCCGAUGGUCCGAAAUGAAAAGGGACUCUUAACCCACACCUCCUGGGAGGACGCGCUGUCCCGUGUAGCUGGCAUGCUGCAGAGUUUUCAAGGCAAGGAUGUGGCAGCAAUUGCAGGUGGCCUGGUGGAUGCUGAGGCCCUGAUAGCCCUGAAGGAUUUGCUGAACCGAGUGGACUCUGACACCCUGUGCACGGAGGAGAUCUUCCCCACUGCGGGUGCUGGAACAGAUUUGCGUUCCAAUUAUCUUCUUAAUACUACAAUUGCUGGUGUGGAAGAGGCAGAUGUUGUCCUUCUGGUCGGUACAAAUCCACGUUUUGAGGCGCCACUCUUUAAUGCCAGAAUUCGGAAGAGUUGGCUUCAUAACGACUUACAAGUGGCCCUCAUAGGCAGUCCAGUGGACCUCACGUACAGAUACAACCACCUGGGCGAGUCCCCCAAAGUUCUGCAAGACAUUGCUUCAGGAAACCAUCCAUUCAGCCAGGUCUUAAAAGCAGCCAAAAAACCAAUGGUGGUUUUAGGCAGCUCUGCACUCCAGAGAAACGAUGGCGCAGCAAUUCUCGCUGCUGUUUCCAGCAUUGCACAGGAGGUCCGGGUGACAAGUGGUGUGGCUGGCGGUUGGAAGGUUAUGAAUAUCCUGCACAGGGUUGCGAGCCAGGUAGCUGCUCUGGACCUGGGCUAUAAGCCUGGGGUAGAAGCGAUUCGGAAGACCCCCCCCAGAGUGCUGUUCCUGCUAGGAGCAGAUGGCGGUUGUGUCACACGACAGGAUUUGCCAAAGGAUUGUUUCAUCAUUUACCAAGGGCAUCAUGGUGAUGUGGGUGCUCCCAUCGCUGAUGUCAUUCUCCCUGGAGCUGCUUACACAGAGAAGUCAGGCACUUAUGUUAACACUGAGGGCAGAGCUCAGCAGACCAAAGUGGCGGUGACACCGCCCGGCUUGGCAAGAGAAGACUGGAAAAUUAUCCGAGCUCUCUCUGAGAUUGCGGGUAUGACUCUCCCGUAUGACACACUGGACCAGGUGAGGAGCAGAUUGGAAGAAGUCUCCCCUAACCUUGUUCGAUAUGAUGAUGUUGAAGGAGCAAAUUACUUUCAGCAAGCAAGUGAGCUCGCCAAGCUGGUGAACCAGCAGCUUCUUGCUGACCCACUCGUUCCACCUCAGCUGACUAUAAAAGACUUCUACAUGACCGAUUCCAUCAGCAGAGCUUCACAGACAAUGGCCAAGUGUGUGAAGGCUGUCACGGAGGGUGCCCAGGCCGUGGAGGAGCCGUCCAUAUGCUGAGACUGCAGCCUGACACAGCUGCAGAUAGCAAAGGGACGUGUACAUUACAGAGACUCCUCAAGAUUUCACUCGCCCAACAGCUCCGAAGAGAGUCACAUUUACUGUUAUGCUGUGCUUAUUUCAAAGUGGUAUUUCAGGUAUCAAACAGACUGGCAAUUUCGGGUUAUAUUAUGUGUAUUAACUAUACAUUUGCUCUUCCAUGUAAAAGCAUUGGCAAUCUUUGUGACAAAUACAAAGAGAAUCUUUAAACUGA